GAUUGGGUCAUGCUGAAAACAUUCCAGUCCUAUGAAGCAAGUCUGUUUGUAUAUUUUAGGUUUGGCAGGACUAAUGAAUUAAAAAUCUUGGACUCUUGACAGUUCACUGCUUUAAUAAUGCCUCUGAUGGAAGGAUUUUUUGCCCCAUGAAGCAUGACAACACUGUAAUCCUUCGUUGUUGGAAAGGAAGGGAAGGGAAGGAACAGUGAAAUUGUGAAGGAAAACGGAAAAGGGUGCUCCUGAGGGACUGAAAAGCCUAUGGGAAGUGCAGGUAGCAGCAUGUUGCCCUGACAGCUGUUUCAACUUCUCAGACCUUGUCAGUUUGCUGCUAUGUAGCAGGUGCAGUCUUUUCUUCUAUUGAAUCUUUACUCCAUAAAGGCAGCGACAAGCCAAGGCAGUGGCUGGCCCUGGAUUAUACAAGUGCAGACACUACUAAGUGAGCUGGAACACAUAAGUAAACGCAUAGGCUCAAGUGCCCACAUGAUCACCACCGCAAGGGUACCUGCUGAUAAACCGAUACGAAUUGCCUUCAGUCUAAAUGACUCCGCAGAUGAUACACCCCCUGAGAAUGUGUUUCCUUUGGCUUUUCCAGAUUUAGAAAAGCAGCUCCAGCCUCUACCUCCUUGCCAUGACUCAAAGGAAUCUAUGCAGGUGUUCAAACAGCACUGCCAAAUAGCAGAAGAAUACUAUGAAGUCAAAAAGGAAAUUGCACUGCUUGAAGAAAGAAAAAGGGAGCUGAUCUCUAGGCUAGAUCAAGCUGAGAAAGAAAACAUGGGUGCUGCUCAGCUAACUAAGGAGUAUGCAGACCUGACAGAAGAGAACCGGACACUGAAGCUGGCCCAGACGCAAUGUUUUGAACAGCUGGAGAAGCUUAGAAUACAGUAUCAAAAGAGGCAAGGAUCAUCAUAACUUUGAAUGAACCUGUCUGAGCAAAAAAAAAAUCAAAAAUCUGGGUUCCUGUUCUGUGCUAGGCAAGUGUUCCUUCCCCCUCCAAGGUUUCCUCUGAUGUGUUGGAAUACUUCACUUGCAGAAUAUGCAUACGUCUAAAAUGGAUUUAAUGCUUGCCAGCCACUAGCUUAAUAUGUAUAUUUUUAUUUGUUAUAUAAUAGAUAUUUUAUUUCAAGUAACAUUAUUGAAUGCUUAUCUAUCCCCACUAUAUGUUCAAAUGGAUCAGUCUGAAUAUAUUUCUUCCAAUUUUAGGAAGAUACAAGCACACUAGAAACUGAUUUGAAUAGUCUCUGUGAUGGGAAGUGGACCAUACUAAGGCAUAUUAGUAGGAACACUGUUAAAUAUGGGGAACACUGGAGCACGUGCCUGUUCUUUCCAGCUUAUGGGAGAAAAACUAGUUUGUUUAUCUGACAAUAUAUGCCAAAGAGCAAUCAUACACUGAAUAACUUUUAAAAACUAGUAACAUGGCACCUCAAUCACUUUCUUUAAAUAACUGUUGCUGUAAUCCUAUACAAAGUUACCUGGGACUAAGUCCUAUUAUGCUCAUUGGGACUUUCUUCUCAGUAGAUUUGCAUAGGAACGCACUGCAAAUUGGCAAUAGUGAUUUGUACAACUUUGAUGUGGCAAGGAAA